AUGCAAGCAUACUUAGCUACUAAGAUGUUAGCCACUUUCGGUUCAGCGUACAUGCUCACCGGUGGGUGCAGGUCCUUGCAACCCGACAAAGGUGACGAUCAGCUCUCGAAGUAUAGCACCCAACGUCCCUCAUCGCUCUUGCUGUUUGCUUGCUUGAUCAUGUUCAACCUCAUUCGCUCUUACGAUAAUGCACAUUCGCGCCUGGGCUUGCAAGAUUCCGUCGCUUCCCACCGGCACACCUCUCCGACCUCUUCGACCUACUUUGUCGCCAACGGCGGCGGCGGCCGCGCCGCCGAUAGCCAUCUCGGCGGCGGUGGCGGCGGCGGUAGCAGUAGCGGGGAGAACGGGCGUCUCCGCGACUGCGACACGGCCCCCGAACGCAUCUGGUCCAUGUUCAACCCGGUGGAAGGCGAGGCGGUGGUCAAUGCGCUGCGUCGCUGGCAGUGUUCCUUUGGAUUUCGAAGCCGCCGUAUUCACAACAUCGAUACGAUUCUGGAUCCAUAUGUACGACUGAUUCUGGAUCGAUGCCUGCCGGCGUCUGUGGAGCGACAGCUGUGUUCAGAGCCUUUGGAUGCCCUUUUGAAUGCCGUGAUUGCCGUACGGACUAGCGUCAUCGAUGAGAGCCUUAUGCGGUGGUCGCACCAGGAGGGUGUACUGCAGCUGAUCAAUGUGGCAAGCGGGUUCGACACCCGCGCCUGGCGGCUGCGCUGGCCGGCACGCAUGAAGAUUUACGAGAUCGACAGCGCCACAGUGCAGGCGCAGAAGAGCGCUGCGCUGGGCAACAUCAGCACCUCGUGCACCCGGGCGGCGCUGGUGGGGGGAGUAUUCAACCUCGGGCACGUGCUCAAGAGGCUCACGUUGGUUGGGUACGACCCGACCAAACCCACUUUAUGGCUGGUGGAGGAUGUUGUGGAGUACCUGCUGCCCGCGCACACCUCCUACAUGUUCGCCAUCAUGGCAGCGCACUGCGCACCGGGAUCAAGAAUGGUGGCCUCGCUGUCGGAUGUGAAGCUCAGGGACCUGCUCAGGCGGUACGGACGUACGGCACAUCUGGUGGAGGAUUUUGAACCGCCGGGGAUUGUGCUCAACCGAAUCUGCGCGGCGGGAUGGCACGCGGAAGUCCUCCUGCCCGGCCAGCUUGAGGACCGUUUCGAUGUGGACCUCCACAACUGCCUCUACCUCGUGCACGGCACCAGGCUGUAG